UCCGUCCGUCCGCGAACCGCGCGAGACGCAGCCCGGCCCGCCGCAGCUACCUCAGCAGCCCCGCCGCUCCCCGGCCGUGCAUCCCGCGGCCGCUCGGCCCCCGGAAAUGACUCUUCUCACGUAAAGUUGAAUAAACACCCUGUGCACUUUAAUCUCCUGUCCCUGCCAUCAAACCAACUGAAGACAGGAUUUUGAAAACUCAGCUAUAAAGACAUCCAGCCAAAGUCUCAAUCUUGCCUUAACAAUGUUUCAGAGGCUGAAUAAAAUGUUUGUAGGUGAAGUCAAUACUUCUUCCAACCAAGAACCAGAAUUUAAUGAGAAAGAAGAUGAUGAAUGGAUUCUGGUUGACUUCAUAGACACUUGCACUGGUUUCUCAGCAGAGGAAGAGGAGGAAGACGACGAUAUCAGUGAGGAGUCACCUACAGAGCACACUUCAGUCUUCUCUUGUUUACCUGCUUCCCUGGAGUGCUUGGCUGAUACAAGUGAUUCUUGCUUCCUCCAGUUUGAAUCCUGUCCGAUGGAGGAGAGCUGGUUUAUCACCCCUCCCCCAUGUUUCACUGCAGGUGGAUUAACCACUAUCAAGGUGGAAACAAGUCCUAUGGAAAACCUUCUCAUUGAACAUCCCAGCAUGUCAGUCUAUGCUGUGCAUAACUCCUGCCCUGGUCUCAGUGAGGCCAGCUGUGAGACUGAUGAACUUCAUAACUCAAGUACUCCCAGAGUGGAAGCCCAAAGCGAAAUGGGGCAGCACGUCCGCUGCUAUGUUGCUGCUCUUACUGCUCAUGCAAGUUUCCUGGAACAACCCAAGAGCUUCCGUCCUUCCCAGUGGAUAAAAGAGCACAGUGAAAGACAGUCUCUGAACAGAAACAAUCUUCGUCGCCAAAAUCUUGCCAGGGAUUGCCACUCUCGGCAAGUCAAGCACAGUGGCUGGGUGGUUCACCAGCCCUGCCCACGGCAGUAUAAUUACUAAGAAUUUCAAGUGUUGCUGGUUGGUUUCUCUGGGUUUAUGCAUAUAUAUAUGGAUAUGUGUGUACAUACAAUGAAAAUUCUGUUUCCUUACAGGCAGUUGAUGACCAAUCACUUAGUUUAUCAGUGUGUUUAGACACUUAUCUUUAAAACCAGACUUCUAUGCUGUGUAUCACAUAAUGCCUUGCUCCUAACAUUUACUUUUUUGUAAAUUUUUUCAGAAUAUUUUUGGAAACAUAUCAGUACAAUUGCAGUGUUGGUGUUUGGGGAUGUCUUUAAAUCUAGUGAAGUACACAUGAGUUAGCAUCUUAAAGACUUUUUUUUUACCCCAAGUACAAGAAUAGGCAUCUUUCAAUUUCAUUUAUUUUGUAUUAUUUAAUGUAUCUUUUGAGUAAGCAAAAAUUUAUUCUCAGGGUCAGCCAUACACUUUAUUGACCAAUACUUGAUAGUCUUUUCUGUAUAUAAUGAGAACAUUUUUAUACACUAACACUAGCAUUAACAGGUGAUAGUUGCAAUGGAUAUAAUGGGAUUAAUGGCUGAACUUUUGUUUGAAAGGAAACUUGAUAUAUUUCUGUGUGCUUUCCAUAUAGACAUGCAGGUCAUUGUGGAAUUCAGGUACCUUAAGCUUUAGUGAACAGUGCAUUCAGUAAUUCUGAUGUGACUCCAUGACAUGGUACAAAUAUUACAGCUGUCAUAGACAAAUGCAUUUGUCUCACCUACAGAGGAAAAAAAUGAAGACCUGUGAGAUUAUAUUUGGAAAAAUAUAUGUCUAUAAGUAAUCCAUAGACCAGUAUUUAAAUUAUUAGAGUUUCUUCCUGCCAGCUCUGCCUACUUCUCUCUUCACCUGAGUUGGAAAUUCAGAAGGGCUUGACCAGACACUUGAGUGACUUCAUACUAUCUACUCUAUCUAGGGAAAAUUGUCUCACGUGGAGCCUGACCUGCCAAGGGCCAAACAAGGGGGUUAGGAGACAUCUUAUGAUGUCUGUUCACAGUACAAGUGAAGAGUCAUAUGUUGACUUCCUUGAGUUUUCAUAUUUUAACGUUACAGAAUCUUUAACCACUUUGGCCUCUAUUUCCUCCACAACAGGGGAAUAUUAACCUUCCUCACAGUUGUGAGGAUUGUAUACUAAUUGGGUGUGGGGCUGUCUAGAACUGAACCUUGUGUGAACUUCCAAGGGCCUUUCUACUGAAUCUAGUGGUGGGGAGGCUGUGGCAGUUUCUUUGCCAUAAUUAUUCUUCACAGUGUUGGUGCUAAUGAGGCCAGGGUGCAGGGUUUAACUCAUGUAGGCCAGUUAACUUGACACACAGGAAAGUCUGUUUUCUUAACUCCAGCCACUUAAUUUUUUUUUCUUUCUUUCUUUUCUUUCUUUUUUUUUUUUGGUUAGAAGUUGUGAUGGAUUUUGCUGAGCCAUCCACACUUGCACCAACUUCCUGGGAAAUUAAGUAUAUUUAUAGCUUAGAGCACAUUGACAGAAUCGUAGCAUUGUCUGCAUCAUCAAACAGUUUCUGUCUCCUCUGCAACCUAAUUAAAUAAACACCCUUAUGGCACGCUUUCAAGUAAAAAGCAAAGCAGCUGUAGUUAAGCAGAGUAUUACAUUUUUUUCAGUAAGCCUAUGGCAGCUUGAGGCUCAGAACUCUGGAGACUUUAAGGAAGACCUGUAUGUUCUCCUUGGACUAAGCUGGGCCAUUUAGAAGUGGAAGAGAUCACCUAUGCAGUUAGAUGUUGCAGGCUGAUCUCCUAAUGGCUGGCUGACAUUAAGUGCCAGGAUGUCUCUCUAGAACAAGAACAUAGAUUCUCAUUUUUCCCUUAUCCUCCUUUCAUAUUGACUUCUCCUUUUAUUUAUUGUUUUCUAAGUAGGGGCCAAGUCUAUAAAAUUUCAUCAAACUUGAGUUAGAAGCUAUCUGUUAACUAUUUGUGUUUGCCAGAGUUGGGAGAUGAGGUUUUCAUGAAGGUGUGUCUGUUGUACCUUGUCUGUAAUAGGGCCAUAUGUUGACAACUUGAAAAAAAAAAAAAGACCAUUUAAAUAUUAUCUGAACAUAUGCUUCUGAAUCCAUGGGACCUUUUUUGUUACAUAGCAUUAGUUGUAUCUCACAAGCUAGAAGUUCAGCCAUGGGAAUUUGGCAGUGGGAACUGAUUUGUUUAUUAAACUGCAAUGUUUUGUUUUUCAAACUUUUUCUUUAUAUUUCUUGAUACCUUUAAAUACAUUUACAUCUCUGUCAGUUAUUGGACUUUUUGUUUGCCUUAUCUGGGCCUAGCUCUUUGUUCAAAAAAAAUUUUAGUCAUUGGGAUUAUUUCUACAAGGUUAGGAUUACCACACCACCUUUGAUAGCUUGCUAUGGUUUCUGUUAGUAUCAUAGGUUUCUGUCUAAUUGAAGAAAAGUUACCUGAUUCAGCUAAAGUUCUCUGUAUGUUUGUUAGUCCCCUACUAUGUGUAAGACACAAGUCUGAUGACACAGACCAUGUUGACAAGCUAAGGAUUUUUAAAAACAUGGCCAAAAUGUAUUUUGUGGGUUGAUUACUAUUUUUUGCUGUUGUAAUUACUGGUUGGUUUACAAUGUACUUUACUGUAUUUUACAUGAAAAUACAAGUAGUAGGAAAUAAAAUCCCCAGAGAUGGAGUUCAGGGUAGAGAACAUGCUUAGCUUGUGCAAAGUCCUGGGUUCACACCCAAGCACUGUAAGAAAGCAAACAAGCAAUAAGACCCCUCUGAAUUUAGUACCUCUGACAAUUUCUAAACUGAAAGCACAGAAUGUGACUUGGAAAAAGUCUGGAGUCCAUGGUGCACACAAACACUGCUUCAGAAAUAAGUUCCUGAGCUUCUAUAAUUUCUAAACUGAAAACACAGAAUGUGACUUGGAAGAAGUCUGGAGUCCAUGGUGCGCACAAGCACUGCUUCAGAAAUAAGUUUCUGAGCUUUUACAAUGCACCACCUUCCUCAGCGCUGUUUUUGCUCAUCAAACUUUUUAGAAUGUAUGUUCUUUGUUCAUUACUUCUUCCUGAGUUGAGUUAUGUUCUGCACUGUAAAUUGAUUAGCCAUCUAUUAUUUAUCGCGUGUGGUUGUAUGGUUGGGAAGGUAGGGAAUUCUUUGCAGAGAUGCAAAGUAAUUAACUUCUCAUUGCAGGGAAUCCCCACCACCACCACCUCCGAUUAACUUUCUGUAUAUUUUCCCGAUUUCCAUGAAGAUUGUUCCUGUUUACAUACCUUCUCUGUUGUAUCACUUCUUUGAUCCUAGCUAGAAGAUAGUUUACUGAAAACUUGAGAGGGCUGUACACCCUUGCCUAUUGUUUUUGCUCUCAAAUCUGUAUAGUACACUGGUUUGUAAUCUGUUGCUUUUGUUGAAAAUUUUCUUGCUAUUUCUCUUCCUUUUCUUUUUUUUGAAGAAUUUUCCUGUCUGUACACUCUUCAGAAUAAAAUAGCAAGGAAGUAUAUGUAUUAUCCUCAUUUUCUUUGAGUUAGAAAUUUUUUUUUUUAAUGAAGGAUUCCAGCAUGAUAGACAUUCAAAUAUACUUAAGUAGAUUAGUGGGGAAAGUUAGCAUCAGCUAAGGACUAAGGGACCACUCCUUGUGCUGGGAUAUACUUGUGCAUGUUUGUGGUGUUGCUUUGAAAUUUUCCUCUUAUUUUGUAAGGCCCAUGGAUACUGUUGAAACUCUUUGUAAGGUUGGGCUUUUUUCCUGGGUGGCCUUGCUGCCAUCUGCCAUGUUGAUGUGCUAUAAAUGGCAACCCUACCUGCUUAUUUUAAUGCUGAACCUUUUCCAUAAAGUAUUCUGUUUAGCAGAUCUAUGAAACAGUGGUGUCUGUCUUUCCAGGGACCAGUUUCACUUGAAAUGUGACACGAGUAAGAAUGGUCUGGGUGGACAAAGGUACCAGAGAGCACAGGGACAAAGGCAUCUUUUCUCACUGGCAACAGUGUCCUUUACGUGGAGGAGAAGUUACUACUCAGAUGGCAGCUUAAGUGGAUAAUGUUCUGUGUAUCAUUGAAAAGUUUCCUUGUGAUAUUAACAAAAUGUUUUUAAUUGUUAAACCCUUGGAGUUUUAGUACUGUUUGUUUUCUAGGCCGGCUUGUGUAAAAACCAAACCAGUGCUUGGCAAGGUUACAGGUGUGUAUUUUGGGACCUCGAGUGUGAGUGCUUUUCUUUUCUUUUUGAUUGUGUUUUCCUCCAAAAGUUUUAAACUUUAGUCAAUAAUUGUGUGUUAUUUUUUAAAAAGUGGCUUUGUAUCCUCUUCAAGUAAUUGUGAACACAUUUGCCUUUUGAGGGCAGGCGUGAGCAAUGGGACUAAAAAGUAUUGUAGGUUGUACUACGUGCCUUCCUAAUGUGUUAUAUGGACACAGCUUUUUUCUUUGUUCAUCAACUUGACAACGCAAAAGGGACACUUGGUUAGGUUUUAUAUUGUACAUCAAUCUAUGCACAAAUGGCAGCUUGUUUUCUUGAGCCACUAUCUAAAUUUUUUUAAUAAAUUUUUUAUACUGAUUGGUUCAUACAUGGUCAGUUUUAUACAGAGUGAACAGCACAGCACUUUGCCAAAAAUAAGUGUAGCAUCGCUUAAACAUUGUGUAUUAAUACCAGUUCUUUGUAUUGGGUUCUGUGGUGCAUUUUGCACUGCCUGGAUUUAAUGGUUUUUUAAAUCUGUCAGUAAAUAAAAUGUCCUUUAACUUCA